AUGGUCAAGUGUGGAGCCUGUGGUCGCUACCUACCGGCGACAGAUGGUAUUACCUGUGGCAAAUGUGAUGUAGCCUAUCAUCGAGGCUGUCUGAACCUCUCUGAAAAAACGAAGAUAACAGCUUCGUGGAUGUGCCCUGCUUGUAAAAAUAAGGUUCCUCGCACUGGAGACCAUUCCAACACACCGGUUAAGUGCCAAGAAGUUGGUGACUGUAGUCCUACCCAUAAAGAUAUCGAUAUAGGAUUAGAAAUUCGUCUUUUUCGAAAUGAGCUUAGUGCUAUGAGGAAUGAGCUGAAGGAAGUCAGGGACAAUAUAACUAUGCUAAAGGAUACAGUUCUUGCGUGUAAUAAAAACCUGGAGGAAAUGGAUUGCAGAGUCACCAAUUUGGAAAAACUAUAUGAAGAUCGUCUGAUUAAGUGCGACACUAAAAUACUAGAGGACACAAUUAGUGAACUUAGGGUCCAACUUAAUGAGAGAGAUCAGGACCUCCUAGCCAAUGACCUGGAGAUAUCGGGAUUACCGGAGCAAAAAGGUGAAAACCCUAUUAAUACCGUGAUGUUAUGCGCUAAAAAGAUAGGUGUCGACAUUGAUCACCGCGAGAUAGUUCAUGCCGAACGUGCUGGUAUCUUGCGUGCAUUUUAUAAUAAUAACAAUAGUGCUCAAAAACUCAUGUCUACUGGACCCCGCAAGAUUGUGGUGCGGAUGAGUCGGCGUGCGGUUCGGGACGAGUUCCUACGUUGUGCGCGGGUGCGACGCAACAUAACGAGUGAUUCACUGGGGUUGCCCGGAGAUCCGUGUCGGAUUUAUAUUAAUGAGAGGCUUACUCCCGUCAAUAGGAAAUUGUUUGGAAAGACACGAGAGGCAGCAAAAAACGCAAGUUGGCGCUACACAUGGACAAAAGGUGGUCAAAUAUUCGUAAGAAAAGAAGACGGAAAGCCCGUAACACGCAUCCGAUCCGAUACAGACCUAAGUCGUGUUUUCUGCUAA